AUGGCACAGUUCAUUCCCAAUGUCACCCCAGAGUCUCUGGCGGAUAAGGUCAUUUUGAUCACUGGUGGAGCAAACGGCAUUGGAGCCAGUCUUGUUGAGCUCUGCUGCGAGAACGGUGCAUACGUCUGCUUUGGCGACACCGCGGCAACUGCGGGUGACCAACUCGCACAGAAAUUGUCUGCAUCAUCCUCAUCCAAGCCAAGAACUCUCUUCCGGCAAACUGAUGUUACAGACUACAAGUCCAUCUUGAGUCUCUUUGAUGCUGCAUUGGAGAUAUACGGACACAUCGACCAUGUCGUCGCUGCUGCAGGGAUCCAGGAGAUCGGGAAUUGGUUCGACCCGGCGUUGACGUUGGAGGAUGUCCGGGAACCCGCGACUACAAAAGUCCUAGAUGUCAACCUCCGCGGCUGCCUCUACGUCUCGCGCAUCGCGAGCGUCUACCUCCGCCAAAACCGCCCAAGUGGCACAGACCGCUCCAUCACCCUUAUCUCCUCAAUUGCUGGCUUCAAAGAAUCCCCCGGCCUAUUUGUCUAUCAAGCAUCCAAGCACGGCGUCCUCGGCAUUCUGCGCUCUCUCCGCCAGUAUCUCUCCUUUACACCUCAUCAACUCCGCAUCAACGCCGUUUGUCCCUGGAUGACUACCACGGGAAUGGUGAAGGGGAUCCAGAAUGACUGGUUGGAGGCGGGUCUUCCGACUAACUCACCGCUGGAUGUUGCGAGGAUUACGGCGGGGUUGGUGGUAGAUGAGAAGUUGAAUGGGACAUCUAUGUAUGUUGAAGGUGGACGGGGUUGGGAGAUUGAGGCGAAUCUGGAUCGGUUGGAGCCGCAGUGGCUGGGCGAGGAGCCGUCGAAGUCUUUGGCAAAGGGGCAGGCUGUACUGGGUAGUGGGAGUAAUUGGACUAAUUAUUGA